GCAAUCUACAAUUCUGAUAACCAGACACUGAUUCUUCAAAUCUCAAAACACUCUAAAAUCAUCAAUGGCACCAAAAGCUGAGAAGAAGCCAGCCGAGAAGAAGCCAGCGGCCGAAAAGCCUGCCGCAGCUGAGAAAGCUCCGGCAGAGAAGAAGCCCAAAGCCGGCAAGAAGCUUCCUAAGGAAGCCGGAGCCGCCGCUGCAGACAAAAAGAAGAAGAGAUCAAAGAAAAGCGUUGAAACCUAUAAGAUCUAUAUCUUUAAGGUUUUGAAGCAAGUUCAUCCUGACAUUGGAAUUUCUAGCAAAGCUAUGAGCAUCAUGAACAGUUUUAUCAAUGAUAUUUUUGAGAAGCUUGCUCAGGAAUCUUCUAAACUUGCUCGCUACAAUAAGAAGCCUACAAUCACAUCUCGGGAGAUUCAGACUGCUGUUAGGCUUGUUCUUCCUGGUGAAUUGGCUAAGCAUGCUGUUUCAGAAGGAACUAAGGCUGUUACCAAGUUUACCAGCUCUUAAUUUUUAGGAUCGUUGGUUUAUUUUGUGAAGAAUGUAGAAUUGUAGUUGCAUGGCUUGGUCGAAUACAUUUGGGAAAAAUGUUGAUUUUGGAUUUGGGUCAAUUGGUAGUU